CUCUCCACCACCACCAUGACGGCGGCUCCUCUGUUAUCGUUGACGGACGCGGCGACGGUGGCUGCGGCGCUAGCCCCCACCCGAGCGCCCACCAGAGCCCGCACCCAGGCCGCCGCUCGCUUCCCCACCGCCGUCUCGCUGAGAUGCCGCCGCGCUCGGCCCCUGACCGCGGCCGCCGCCACGGGGGGCUCGCCGUCGUCCGCCGCGUUCCACGGCGAGUGCUACGUCGUGGGGGACAACAUCGACACCGACCAGAUCAUCCCGGCCGAGCACCUCACCCUGGUGCCGUCCAAGCCCGACGAGUACCGCAAGCUCGGCUCUUUCGCCUUCGUGGGCCUCCCGACCGCGGCCUACCCCAUCCCGUUCGUGGUCCCCGGCGAGGAGUCGUCCCGCUACGCCGUCAUCAUCGGCGGGGCCAACUUCGGGUGCGGCUCCUCCCGCGAGCACGCGCCCGUCGCGCUCGGAGCCGCCGGCGCGCGCGCCGUCGUCGCCGAGGGCUACGCCCGCAUCUUCUUCCGCAACUCCGUCGCCACCGGGGAGGUGUACCCUCUGGAGCUCGCCGACAGCGGCGCCAGCAAGGAGUGCAAGACCGGGGAUGUGGUCACGGUGGACCUCGAUAGCUCCGUCUUGAUUAACCACACCUCCGGCAAGCAGUACAAGCUCAAGCCUAUUGGUGAUGCAGGGCCCGUUAUUGAGGCUGGUGGGAUCUUUGCUUAUGCCCGCAAGACUGGAAUGAUUGCAUCCAAAUCUGCCUGAAUGAAAAGUAAGCUUUAUCUACUGUCAGAUUAGAUGAGAGGCCUCUGCAGGUGGG